ACUGCUUCAGUUUGAAGAAGAGUAAGAAGAAGUAGAUUGAAAUGAAAAUAUAGCAACAUUCCUUUUCUCCCUUCGAAGAGAGUUAUUGCACAAAGUUUGCAACUUAUUGCACGAUUUUUGAAUAGCAUCAAAGGAGAUCAAACGGCUGGGAAGAGACAUCAAUCUUGGUUACGACGACAUGGAGGGGAAGUCCCUGGAACAAGUCAUAACUGAGAAUGGCGAUGGCGAUGGUGACAUUCUCGCGGCGCUGGAUAAGUAUUUUGAAACGUCGUUCAUGCCUCCUAGAUCGGAGUUAACUAAAGAUGCCAUAAACAUUUUAUUAACUAAAGUCAGACAACGCCCAGAGUUAUUUGUUCCAUGGGUUGUCAAAUGCUUUGAUGACUUCAAUUCCAAUGAGGAGAUUGAACGGGUAUGGCUUGACUAUUGUAAAGAACUAUCCCAACUGUGGAGGGCAUGUUUAGAUGAUGACGAAACAUAUGAAGUCCAUUCAAGAGAUAUCUGUCGUAUCUUUAUCAGUUUAGGUGAAAAAGGUGAACCAUUAAGCUCAACACUUUUCAACACGUGCGCUUCAAAGUUCCUUGAACUCAUAGACUCCAGUAAUGUCCAGACAGGACUUAGUUCACUCACAGUCCUUACCACCCUCUGUAGGUUUUCAGAGCAUAGCAAAAUUGCUAGGACUUUUGAGCUGUGGGCUUACCAGUUAAACAAAUUGGCUGAAAGGGCAAUUUCUUUGCCAGUGGAGGCACAGAUAAAUGUGUAUAUGAUCCUCAUAAAAUCUAUUUGCAGCAAAGAGGAUGCUGUAGCAAAAGCUUCUCUAUGGUUUGACCAAUGGCCCAAAAUUCAACGUACAAUUCUAGAUUAUUACCCAGACAAAAUAGCAGAGGGUUGUGGUGAGUUUUUACAAGAACUUAUGUGUCUGUCUGAAGCAACAAGAAAUCCUACCAUCCCAAUCACGGAGCCAGGGUUGGAUUGUGCCCAGUUGGAACCUGUUACCCGCCACAAGAAGACGGACGAACCUAUCACAGGUUCCUUGUGUGAUGUUCCUAUUCUAUCUGAAAAUUCUGGCAAAGAGAAAAGAUUGAAAGACUCUGCUUUUGAUAGAACAUUCGACACCUCAUAUCAUUUUACAGAACAACCGAAGAGAGUUGGCAAAGAACAUAGCAAGGAGAGACUUUAUGCAGAUCCUGUAGCCCACAGCACUGGCGUUGAGGAAUCUAUUGCAGAUCCUGUAGCCCACAGCACUGGCAUUGAGAAAUCUAUUGAUUUCCUGUCCGAUGUCACAGAUGACCCAGAUAACAUUUCAAAACUAUCCAAAAAUGAGGCUGCUCCUAGAUUCACCUUACGCAACAAUCUUUCCUUUUUGCAUCUUCCUAAACCUACAACUCAGAUAGGUGACGAUUUGGCACUUCCUGUUGAGCCACGCAAACAUCAAAGAUGUUUUAAUUACAUAAAUGGCAACUGGUGCUUCAGAUUCAAGAAAUAUUCAGAAGUGUCCUCAAAGGAGAGGUGGCCAUCCUUCAAAUGGAAUUCUAGUAGGAAAUAAUAUUUCCUCUCUGUUGGUUUGCUGUGAACUUAUCUAAGAUACUGGUUCCAAUUUGUUUUUGUUCAAUGUUUGUAUCAUUUCACUUAUAAUUUUUUUUGUUUAGCAAUACAUUUGUAGGCAAUGGGUUACACUAAAUAAAGUCA